CAGGCACAGUCAGGACACCUGUACCCUAGGACUGGCUUUGCCUGUGCCUUUUCGGGACACCCCGGAUGGUCUCCUUUCUUCCCUGGUUUCUGUGGCCUGUGGAGGGCUUUCUGUAACCUGGGCUGCCCCAGAGCAGACACACUGGGGAGGAAGAGCUAGACGAUUCAGUGUCCAGCAGAGGGCCCUGCCCCGCCUGUGGCCAGCAGGGUGGGAGAGAAGGCUGGCCAAGGCAGACGCCUGACUUGGGGGCGGAUCCGGCUGCCAGCUGCCUCUCUCCCUUCCGCCCAGCGCUUUCUGCCCUUUUCUCACCUGCUCUCCCUUCCCGGGCAGUGGCUGCCUCCUGCUCCAUUCUGCCAUGCGCUGGCUGUGGCCCUUGGCCUUCUGUCUCGCUGCGGUGUUGGCCACUGGCCUGAGCAGGGGCUCGGGUGGACACGGAGCCCAGGCCCAGGGUCAGCAGAGUCGAGACAAGAGGGGCGCUGACGAUGAGGACACCAAGGGCGUGCAGCACUAUGUACCCAAGGAAUGGUCUGAGUACCCCCGGCCCAUCCAUCCUCCGAGCCUGCAGCCCUCCCAGCCCCCAGGGGCCACCAGCCCCAAGCCAGGCAGCGGGCAGGGGCUGAGGGGCAAUCUGACGGGAACGCCAGGCCAGAGGCUACGCAUUCAGAACCCACUGUACCCAGUGACUGAGAGAUCCUAUGGUGCCUACGCUGUCAUGCUACUGGCCCUGGUGCUGUUCGCUGUGGGCAUCGUGGGCAACCUGUCAGUCAUGUGCAUCGUGUGGCACAGCUACUACCUCAAGAGUGCUUGGAACUCUAUUCUUGCCAGCCUGGCCCUCUGGGAUUUCCUGGUCCUCUUCUUCUGCCUGCCGAUUGUUAUCUUCAAUGAGCUCACCAAGCAGAGGCUGCUGGGGGACAUCUCUUGUCGGGCUGUGCCCUUUCUGGAGGUAUCCUCUCUCGGAGUCACCACCUUCAGUCUGUGUGCCCUGGGCAUUGACCGUUUCCACGUGGCCACCAGCACACUGCCCAAGGUGAGGCCCAUCGAACGGUGCCAGUCAAUUGUGGCCAAGCUGGCCGUCAUCUGGGUAGGCUCCAUGACCCUGGCUGUGCCUGAGCUGCUGCUGUGGCAGCUGGCGCAGGAGCCCAGCCCGGUCAUGGGCCCUGAGGACUCAUGCAUCAUGAAACCGCCAGCCAGUUUGCCUGAGUCCCUGUACUCACUGGUGUUGACCUAUCAGAAUGCCCGCAUGUGGUGGUACUUUGGCUGCUACUUCUGUCUGCCCAUCCUCUUCACGGUCACCUGCCAGCUGGUGACAUGGCGAGUGCGGGGCCCACCGCCGAGGCGCAGGCCGGAGUGCAGGGCCAGCAAACAUGAACAGUGCGAGAGCCAGCUCAACCGCACGGUGGUGGGGCUCACAGUGGUCUACGCCUUGUGCACGCUGCCUGAGAAUGUGUGCAACGUGGUGGUGGCCUACCUUUCCACUGAGCUCCCCCGCCACACGCUGGGCCUGCUGGGUCUGGUCAACCAGUUCUCCCUCUUCUGCAAGGGCGCCGCCACGCCCGUGCUGCUGUUGUGCGUCUCCAGGCCGCUGGGCCAGGCUUUUCUCGACUGCUGCUGUUGCUGCUGCUAUUGCUGCAAUGAGUGCGCAGGCGUCUCCGAGGCCCCAGCGCCCAGCGGCUCUGACAAGCUCAAGGCUGAAGUGUCCUCCUCCACCUACUUCCACCAACCCAGGGAGUCAUCCCCGCUUCCACCCCUGGGCACGCCUUGCUGAGGCCAGACAUCUGGUAUGGGGAGAUGGGUGGGCAACUGGCUAGCUCCUGGGCUUGCUGUCCACGGUGGGUCCCUGGUUCCUCCUGUCUCCCCUCUCCCCAAGUCGGGCCUCCGUGGGUGGGUGGUGAUGUAUCUUGGGUCCCAAGAACUCUGUGGAAGCUUUUAGUCCCACCAGUGUGAGCCCAUCCUUCACCUGCCCUCCCUGAUUUCAGCCCCACGCCCCUAUUCCUGUACUGUGUUAACUGAGCCCUCUUCAAGUCUCCUUCCCCACCCCACAUCAGGGCUCCCUCUUAGAAUGGGGAACAUCCAGUGUGGAGGUCUCCUGACCCAGCCAUGGAGAACUUGCUCUCCUCCCCUGGGGGCUGCUCGGU